CCAUCUCAGCCCUACCAUCUCCUCUCAAGCUCCUAUGGCAGAGACCAACCUCUGUUACACCCCACCCUCAUCCCUCGGUGGCGUCACGGUCUUACUACUCCACUUGGAGGUCCAUCAACAAGACUAUUAAUUUGGAGGUGGAAAGAAUGGAGGCUGCACUUCACCUUUUCCUCCCAUCAUAAUUGUUCCUUGGUGUUGCAGUAAGCACGCAUCUCGAUAGGAAUGUUGGGCUGUCCACUGUCCAAAUAAUAAGAUCCUUAGCAUCCCCCAUCAACGUUUACCUCUCAACACCAUCGCCACGGAAGAGACAGAGAGAGAGAGAGAGUGAUAAAAGACCGCAUUUUUAUCCACCUGGUUGCUCUGCGUUCGCUGGCCGCUGUCUAAUGGCGACGCGACCGCCUCGGGUGGCGGAGCUCCUACUGUUACUACCAUCAUUGCUCCUCCUCCUCCUCUUGCCGCAGCAGGUAGUCUCCGAUCCGGACGAUGAGACCUGCCUCUCCAACCUCCGCAGCUCCCUGACGGACCCAAACGGCGGCCUCCGGAACUGGACGGCGGACACCUUCGCCGCCCCCUGCAACGGCUUCACCUCCUACCUUGAGGGUGUCACCUGCAACAACGGCCGCGUGUACAAGCUCUCCCUGCAGGGCCUCUCCCUCGGCGGCGCCCUCUCCACCUCCCUCGCCAACUGCACCAACCUCCAGUCGCUCGACCUCUCCUCCAACGCCCUUUCCGGCGCCAUCCCCCCGGAGCUCGCCUCCCUCCUCAACCUCGCCGUCCUCAACCUCUCCUCCAACCGCCUCUCCGGCCGUAUCCCCCCCGAGCUCGCCCUCUGCUCCUACCUCAACGUGCUCGACCUCCACGCUAACCUCCUCACGGGGCUCAUCCCCGACCAGCUUGGUCUCCUCGUCCGCCUCUCCACCUUCGACGUCUCCGACAACCGUCUCGAGGGGCCCAUCCCGGCGCUGCUAGCCAACCGGACGGCGGUGGGAGGCGCCGGGGCCGCGGCUCUACCCAGGUUCAACGCCAGCUCGUUCGUCGGGAACAAGGACUUGUACGGGUACCCGCUGCCGCCAAAGCGGGGCGGCGGCCUGUCGGUUCUUGCCAUUGUCGGGAUCGGCGUCGGCAGCGGGCUUCUCAGCUUGGUGCUCAGCUUCACUGCCGUUUGUGUUUGGCUUCGGGUCACGGAGAAGGCCGCGCCGAUGCCCGGCGAGGAGGGAAAGAUAUCGCACCUCAUGCCCGACUACUGACCGCUUCCCCUUUCAGCUCCGCAUUAUUUCUCCAUUGGCCUCUGCUUUUGUUUUUUGUUUUUACUUUUUUUCUGAGAGUAAAUACUGACUGCUCCUUUUUCA